CCCACACGGCCCCUUGGACAAGAAAGCCUUCCCAGACACCUUUUCUCCUGGGGUCCCGGAGCCCUGCUGGCCCAGGGCAGCUCCUGGGAUAGGAGUCCCCACCUUCCCGCCGCCCUCGCCUGCACCAUGAAGACCCUGAAGAAGCAGUGGCUGGAAGCAGUGGGUGCCUACCAAUUCGUGCUCACUUUCCUUUUCAUGGGCCUUUCUUCAUUCCUUCUUGUCUUCUCCCUCCUCUUCACAUCCCUCUGGUCCUUCUCUCUUCUCUACUUGGCAUGGCUCUUCCUGGACUGGGACACACCCAACCGGGGUGGAAGGCGGUCUAAGUGGAUGAGGAACUGGACCGUUUGGAAACACCUAAGGGAUUAUUAUCCUAUCAAGCUGGUGAAAACGGUAGAGCUGCCCCCUGACCGGAACUAUGUGUUUGGCUCUCAUCCACAUGGGAUCAUGUGCACCGGAACCUUCUGUAAUUUCUCCACCGAGAGCACGGGCUUCUCUCAGAAGUUCCCUGGGCUUCGGUCCUCACUGGUCGCGCUGGACGGACUCUUCCACCUUCCAAUCUAUCGAGACUACCUCAUGUCCUCUGGAAUGUGUUCUGUGAGCCGCCAUAGCCUGGACUUUAUUCUGUCACAGCGCCGGCGUGGGCAGGCCGUGGUCAUCAUGAUUGGGGGUGCCCAUGAAUCCCUGUAUGCACUCUCAGGGGAGCAUCGUGUCAUUCUCCAGAAUCGCAAAGGCUUUGUACGCCUGGCGCUGAGGCAUGGGGCCUCCCUGGUGCCUGUGUACUCCUUUGGGGAGAAUGAUAUCUACAGAAUUAAGGUUUUUGCCAAAGACUCUUGGCAGUAUCUGUGCCAGUCCAUCAUCAAGAAGUACCUGGGCUUUGCUCCUUGCAUCUUCUGGGGCCGCAGUCUCUUCUCAGCCAACUCCUGGGGCCUGCUGCCCUUCCCGGCGCCCAUCACUACUGUGGUGGGCCGCCCCAUCCUAGUGCCCCAGAGCCUCAACCCCACUGAUGAGGAAGUUGACCACUACCACACGCUCUACAUGAAGGCUCUGGAGCAACUGUUUGAGGAGCACAAGGAAAGCUAUGGUGUCCCUGCUUCUACUCACCUCAUCAUCAUGUAGCCCUGGCCUUGCCCCAGCUCCUGAGCUUCUAAUCCCAAUGCACUGAAACACACACUCCCUCCACUCCCCCCGCCCCCCCCCA